AUGUUUGCCUCCGUUGGUGUCUCGGAGGAACAGGUGUUUGGUGACCUGUACCUUGCCUGGCUCAAAGACACGGGGGAGAAGAACAGCAAUGACUCACGCAAGCUCUUUCGUGAGGUGGUGGAGCGCGGCUUUGGGGAGCGUCAAAUUAUUUUGCGUAAAGAACGCCUGGGCGCAAACGUUGCGGCGAGUCUCGCGGCGCUGCUGCACAGAUCCCCACUGACACGCCUGGAUCUGCAUGGCAACACGCUGCGCGACAGCGGGUGCGAGAUGGUGGCGCACCUCAUUCGCGACAUCCCCAAUCUUGUCUAUCUCGACCUUGGCGCCAACGACAUUGGACCACCUGGCAUACAGACACUGAGCUACGUCGUCGCCGCGCACAAGAAAUUGCAGACCCUUAUUCUGGGCUCCUCCAUAAAGGACGCAUACGCCAAUCGCAUCAACGCCGCAAGCGCCACAAGUUUCUUAGAGGGGUGUCUGCGGAAUCGCACUCUGCGCCACCUUGACCUCAGCGGCAGCACAAUUGGCAUCCCUGACGCCAUUCCCAACAUCCACGGUGGGACGGGGGCAGUGGAGUUUAACGUCGCACCGCCGCCAAGGAGCCCUGGGCCGUCGAUGCUCCCCACAGCGCGCCGUAGCCAGCAAUGGCAGUCAUCCCUGGGAUUCGGCAGCGGCAAAGGACUUGUUGGCUCUGCUACUGGCGCGGCUGCUACUGGAAAGGGGGUGGCAGAGACAGACGGUGAUAUCGGCGGUCCCUUUCGACGUCCCAUUGAUGUACUCUCGGAGUUAAUCAGCACGUCGACGACGCUGACGACGCUGAAGCUGCGUGAGGUGCGGCUUACCACAGAUGCGGCUCUCCGCAUCAUUCACGCUGCGAUGAAGAGUCCCAGUUUAUCGUUUGUCGAUCUCUCAGGUAAUGCGCUCACGGGUGCUGUGGGCGACGCAUUCGGUGAACUUGUUUGGAAUCGUGCAGGGGCGCUGCAAACAUCGGGGUUGCACACCAUUUUGUUGAGCAAUAACCCAUUGAUUCAGCCAAAGAGUGGCAUGCCUGCACCGAAGCUCUUUUCUGCGCUUUCUAUGGACCGUCUGGUGUUGCGUCUCCAUUUGGACAAUUGCGGUGUUGAUGACGACGCAAUUGAGGCUCUAUGCCGUGCCUUAAACAAGAACGGCGCGUUACAGUCACUUCAUCUAAACCAAAACGCCAUUACCUCGGAAGGUGCUGUCAUGUUGGCUCGGGCUCUUUGUGUGCAUAUCUUUUUAAAAGAAGUUUCUCUGGAGGGGAAUAAAAUACGGGAUGAGGGCGCCUGCGCCUUUGCAGGCAUGCUGGAAACCAAUCGGACGCUGCUCUCACUGAAUUUGGCCCACACGUGGAUGGGCGAACGUGGCCUGGUAGCCCUCGGUGUUUCUCUCGUGGAGAACAAGACGCUGCUGCGACUCAACAUUGCCGAAAACCACUUCACUGAGGAUGCCACGGAGGCAUUUGCUUCGUUGCUGGAGAGCAACCACCACCUGCUUCGCUGCAGGAUGCAGGGGAAUAGCAUCGGCCACCACACCGUACUGCGAAUUGAGAAAAUCACCUCCCGUAACCGUGAGGCCCAUCGAAACAUGGAGAAGGACGAGCUUGAGGAAAACGUCAUACAUCUUCACUACCAAAUGUACAAACUCGAUGAGGCCCGCGCGGAGCUGGAGAACUUGCAGAGGAAGAAGAUGGAAUUGGGGCGAGCCCUGGAGACACUCGAGGCGCAGCUUAAGCUGGACAUGGCAGACGCCGAAAAGAAGGAUCGCGACAUGAAAGACGCAAUUGAAAACUGCAUCACACAAGAGGCACGUUGCCUGGAAGAAAAGAAGCGGCUCGACACGGAGUUGGAGGAGGCAAAGAAGCAGCUGGAGGUGGAUAUGGAGACUGCGAAGGAACGGCUUGCGGCGGAGGUGGCAGUGCGGGAAAAAGUAGAGGAGGAACACCGCCAACUCAAGUUGCAGCUUGAAGACAUGAUGAACAACGGCCCACAGCGUGAGGCGGCGAAGCGGCAGCAGCUUAAAGAACUGAACGAGGAUUGCCAGCGGUGGUCGCUGCAGCGGAAGGAGUAUCGCAACGCUAUUGCGGACGCGCAGGCGGCUGUGAACCAACUGCAGGAAAGGGACGGCGCGGGAACAAAGAGCAAGAAGGGAAAGAAACGGGCAGGAAAAGCAAAAUGA